UUGUUUCCCCAGGCAGCGAGACAGCGGAGAGAAAAAAACAGACACACGGAGCAGACUAAUUACGUAAGCGCGCACGGAUAACGCAGAUCUCGCUUGCUAUCUCUAGUCGUCUUUCUUUCUUCCGCGCAUGUGUACGCUCUCGAACGGACAAUCGGACGCGCGCGCGCAGUUUGUAUCAAGAGCAGCAGCCUCACAGCACAUAUGGAAUGAGAGAAGUGUGCGUAUAGAGAGCUGAAGCCGCGGUGUAGCACGCGGGAGGAAGGGGCGCGAGAGCGUGUGCGCGCGGGAGAGAAGCUGGUAAUAGGACUGAUAAUAAAUGAAGUGGGGCCGGCGGCGCUGCCGCCACUGCUGCUCUCUCACGCACGUUGGAAAAGAACGUCGUCGUGCUCGUCGUCGAGCAGCACCCGCAGUCAGUCCGCCGCCGCCGCCGUAGCUCCAAAAGCUUUUGUCUUCAAUUUCGCGCUCCAUACCAUCAGCACCGCGCUAUUUUUGGCAAACAUGUCCAAGAAAGCUGACUCGAGCAUCAUCGCCUAUAAGAUCCUGACGAAGGAGCACACCGACGCGGCGACGAAUCUCCAGAUCGAGUCGUCGUUCCAGGAGUGUCUGACCAUAGGAUUCGGUAUCGCCGACGUAAGCGGUGGUACCGACCACGAUGGUUUCGCUGCCCUGCUGGAGGCCAUAAUCGCUGAUGGCCUGAGCGUCGGAGCCUUCGACACCAAGUCCGGCGAACUGGUCGGCGUCUGCUUCAACAAACUGCACCACAAAUCCAACUCCACUACUACAUCUAUUGAAGAGAAUGUCGAUGAGAACAUGAAACAUCCGGCUACCCGUGACCUUAUGAAAUUCGUCUUCAAGAUCGAGUCGAGCGUGGACCUGUACGAGCACUACGGCUGCAACCACACAAUGGAGGUCUUCUACGUUGGCGUGGACUCUCGCUACCGGCGAUAUGGCAUAGCUCAGAACCUCAUGCGCUCGAGUCUCGAGAUGGCGAGGAAGAUAGCUCGCGAACGUGCUCUGCCCGAGCCCGAGGUGGCAUUCGGCGUCUUCACCUCCAACUACAGUCAAGCCCUGGCCGAGAAGUUCGGCUUCGAGUGGCUCUACAGCGUUAACUACGACGACUACGAGUGCUACGACGGCAAGAUGCUGUCUGACAGGAUCGGACCGGUGCACAAGUGCGCUAAGCUCGCUGCCCGCAAGCUCUGAUUAUGUGCGGCUGACGGUGACGGGGAGGAUGUGUGUCAUAAGCGGAGCUUUGAUGUUCAUUGAUGUCUUGAUUAUAUUGCGAUGAGAUUUCGAGGCACGUCUUGGGGACUGACAUAUGAUGUGUCCUUGCAUUGUUUUUCGGUCGGGUAUGCAUGUUCCGUUCGAAUACCGAAUGAACGGCCGGUUUUUCGACGAGAGAAUUCUGUUGCACUGCGUGGUCCAACUGGCCGCUCUCGGAUAGCGAAUGCAAAUACACCGGCUGAGCAAAUAUUGUUGCACUCCAUGGCAUUCGCGAAUCAAAAAUACUUACCCCUUGAUGCAGUUUGCCAUGCAUGUUUUAUUUAUUUUUAAUUCUCCGAGAAAAUAGAACCCGAAAAUUCACGAAAACAAUUAUUUUUCACGUUUUCCCCCAAGUUCAUCGCCGAAGCAAGCCAUUGCGCGUUAUUUGCGUGGCAUCUUUUUUUCAACCUUCUCGCGAGCACACUUUUUUUAAUUUGGACUUUUUAACGAGGGGUUCGAGCCAUAAAGAUUCAUUCGGGAACUUUCGAGCUGGAAUGGGCUUGUUUUUUACCCGCGAGCUACAGGUACUCAGAUUCGAGUGGUGAGGAGAAAUUCAUGGUUAACGACUACUCGAAAUCUCGCAAACUCGCGAAGAAAUCAUUGUCGGUAUUAAUGUAUUAUAGGUGUGUAUAUAAUCCUCAAGCGUUAUUCAAUACUCCGGAUUAUUCGAAAAUAUUCAGUGUCGUCGUCGUGCGUGAAACCUGAUUCGUAAGGGUGCAAUUAGUAACGAGAAAAAAUAAUUCCUCUUUUAUUUCUUUGCCGCGAUUCUGUUCCAUAUGUAUGUACGAGCGAAUGAACAAGCGUAUAAGAUAUGGCUUUUUAUAGCUUAGGUUAGAUGCAUACUGGUGAUUUAGUCAAUAGGCUAUUAUCGCUCCGCUACAUUAAUUGCACUCGCCUACAAUAGAUUUUCUCUCGGAUGGAAAAAAAAUCGAGUAAUAUAUUUUCUUAAACCGGUCCACUGCGGUGUAAUCCUAUCACUUCUGUAGUAGCGUCGAUAGAUUAUAUCGAGAUUGCGCGUACUAUAAUUGCCGGUUAAAUAAAGGUUUCGCAGGUGAAAAAUUGCUCCUUCCUUUUUGAUAUUCCUUUUUCUUCGAUUAUCUCCUUUUUUUAUGAAUAUUUAAUUUAGGCUAAUCGUUUGAAAAUUGCAAACAAGUUUGAUACAGUUUUACGUAAUAAGUCGUGAGUCCUUGUCACUAUCUGCGCAGUGACAACUCGUAUAUGUACAUAAAUGUGUGCGAAUAAGUUAGUCGUUAAAAUUAGUCCACCUGUAUAUGUUGUAUUGUAAAUGUUGUAAGUAAUCUUCCAAGAGAACAUUUCUAUGUAUAUUUGAAUGUCAAUAAAAUUGUUUAGUGACCAAUGUCCACAUACAA